AAAUAUAUAUAUUCCUUCUUUAGUAGAAGAACAAGGUACUUUGGUCGGCCUGCGCAAAAACCAGAUCUCUUCUCCCCCGACUAAAACCUUCUUCAGAUCAGUUUAUUAUAGCACCCUGCUCUAUCCCCGCCCACCCAGAAGAAAAAGUUUUGAUUUUUAUAUAAAUUUAGUGGAGAAAAAAAAAAGAAAGAAGAGGAAGAAGAUGAUGUUGGAGUAUGAGCAUGGGAAGAAGAGGAAAGUUCGGAACAGACAGCAUCAGCAUCAACCUAAAGCACAGUUCUUGUCUCUAAGGUAUCUAACGAUAUGCCUUUGCUGUUUCUUCGUCUUGCUCUUCUUUUUCUUAUCCUCCGACCGAAUCUCUGUCCGUUCCGAUUCUCUGAGACCGUCUCUCCGCGUCCCUGCUCUCUCCGUCUUGUCUUCGAUGGAUUCGAUUCAACGUUCGUUUCACGGUAGAUUCCCUCCGCUGAGAGUCGAAGACAGAGUCCAAUUCCCCGACCAUGUGCUGCUGAUUCUCUCCACCAUAAUCGGGAGAGGUGGGAAGGAACUAGUUUGUGUUUAUCACGGAGGAAGAAAGGAAGAGACUUUGGUGUUGCCGUCGAUCUCUAGUGAUGAAUUCGAUGAGUUCAGAUCGGUUGUUCGGUGCCCUAACGCUCCUUUGAACUAUUCUUCGUCUGUUGAUUUACAAUUCAGUGGAGAUUUAGUGAAGAAGAAGAAGAAGAUGAGUGAUGAGAAGAAGGUUCAUGAUUGGGCCAAAGUUGGUUACGAGGCAGUGAUCGACGGCGACACGGUGGUUGUAUUCGUCAAAGGAUUGACUCGAAGACCUCACAAGGAGUCAGAUCCUUCUUACUACAAAUGUCAGUUCGAGACAGGUGUUGAAGUGUUUGUCACUCAAGCUCUCGCUGCAGCGCAAGAAGUUGUGAGGUGUGUUUUGCCUGAGAGCUUGAAGCUAAAUCCGGAGAUGUUUCGAGUGAGCGUGAUCCACAUCGAUCCUAGAGGAAGAUCCACGCCGGCUUUACCAUCCGUAGCGCGAGUCUACGGUUCCGAGAAGAGUAGUGUGGUGAAGGUGAAGAAGCAUGAGCUUUGUGUUUGCACGAUGCUAUGGAACCAAGCCCCCUUCUUGCGUGAAUGGAUUAUGUACCACUCGUGGCUAGGCGUCGAGCGUUGGUUUAUAUACGACAACAACAGCGACGACGAUAUACAAGAGGAGAUUGAAUUGCUCAACUCAGAGAAUUACAAUGUGAGCCGACACGUCUGGCCGUGGAUCAAGACUCAAGAAGCUGGUUUCUCGCAUUGUGCGGUUAGAGCCAAAGAUGAAUGCAACUGGGUCGGGUUCUUCGACGUGGACGAGUUCUACUACUUCCCCACGCAUCGCUCUCAAGGCUUACCUAGCAAAAACGCUUUAAGCUCUCUUGUGUCUAACUACACUUCGUGGGGUUUGGUCGGAGAGAUAAGAACCGAAUGUCAUAGUUACGGUCCGUCCGGUCUAACUACAGUUCCAUCGCAAGGCGUGACGGUUGGUUACACUUGCAGACAAGCGAAUCCGGAGAGACACAAGUCGAUAAUCCGACCAGAGAUGCUAACGAGCUCGUUGCUGAACGAGGUUCAUCAUUUUCAGAUGAGGGAAGGAGUAGGGCAUAUGAGUUUGUUGGAGAGUGUUGCGGUUGUGAACCAUUACAAGUACCAAGUUUGGGAUACUUUUAAAGCGAAGUUUCAGAGGAGAGUGGCUACUUAUGUUGUGGACUGGCGAGAGAAUCAGAACCAAGGGUCUAAAGAUCGAGCUCCAGGGCUUGGUACAGAGGCUAUUGAGCCGGUUGAUUGGAACAGACGGUUCUGUGAAGUGUGGGAUACUGGUUUGAAGGAUUUGGUUUUGUCUAAUUUUGCUGAUCAAGUGACUGGUUAUUUGCCGUGGCAGAGGCAACAACAACUACAACAAGAUUGACUUCUUUUUUUUUUGGUUACUUGGUUUGUGAGAUUAUGUACAUUUGACGAGUAUACAUUAAUAUUACUUCUUUUGUUA